AUGGACUUUUGGAAGGACAAGGUUACUUGCGAGUUUCGAGAAGAUACACGCCAUUUCACUAAGCCGAUCGGUCACUGCAAAAUGAAGAAGAGCUUUGUUCACACAAUCCUUUGGAUCGUCGUUGGUCUCGUUGCACUGCUUUUGUGCAUCUGUGCAUGCUGCUUUGGAGCCUGCAAAUUUUUGGAUACUAUUCCCUUUUUCAGAAAACGACAGAAUCGAAUUGACAUGGUUUAUUUGAGUUGA